AUGAAUGCGGUGCAGGUGAAUGAGACGACCGUGGACCCGAAUGAGGUGGAGGUCCGGAUAACGCGGUUCACCGUGACUCUUUCGUCGCCACUGCAGAUGCGUUCACUUCACCAUCAGGAGAGUUUGAAAGUGCAACAAGGCGAAGAGGUGGUGCUCUCCUGCGUAGUAAUGGGUCGACCCGCCCCUCUCAUCUCCUGGUAUGUUAACAAUACCCAGCAACUCGGUCUGUGGAACAUGGCCACUGGUCGUGGCGUCAUCCACAAAAACAAACGGAAAUCACGUUUGCAAAUCUCCAACACCCACCCCAUGGACUCGGGAAAUUACUCCUGCCUGGCGGAAAAUGUUAAUGGCUAUAUCAAAAAGACAGUGGAGAUAUAUGGUAAGUCGUUCCACGACCACAAACAACGCCACAACCCUGGACAACACUGCCACCUCUCACAGUUCAUCCAUGCUAUCGCUACUGCCUACACGGGUACUGCAACCUCAUCGAUGGCAGACCGUCAUGCAGCUGUAUCUCCCAGUAUUAUGGAACAAGAUGUGAGUUCAACGAGAAGGCACCAGAGGAAACGAAAGCCAUUCAAUCUGAAUGCUCAACUGACUCAAUCACCAAUUCCGAUGAAUUUUCUCGAUCCGUCAGAUCGACGUCCCGAGAGCCUCUCUCGUGUCUGCACGCCUCUAGGCCACCCACACUCCCACUUCGACUCACUUACGGCACUUCCGUGGAAAGGGGAUACCAACUGCGCCAAUGUUACAACCAUUGUUUCCGCUCCCACCGCCGAUGACAACCCUUACCUUCUGACUUCUGCCCUGCCUCUCUCCACCAGCACUGAGGAGGAGAGCAGACAUCUACCUCAGUUGACUUCCUGA